AUGGGUUUGAGCCCCGCCUCCGGGAAGAAGGGCCGGUUCCUUUCUUCUAGGUUCCAUGGGCCCUGCCCCAAAGCGACCUCGGGAACGGCAGAUUCCUUGGGAUCUCAGGCGUUGGUCCAGGUCUCAUCCAAGCAGCCAAAGCAGGGUUCAUUGGAAGUGGGCAGAAGCCUCCAGAAGGGGGAGAAGCCAGCAGUUACCUUGGAGUCCACACCUGACCAGAAGGGAGCCGAGUCGAGUUCGUCCCUGAAGUCUGAGACAGUAGGCAAGUUAGCAAAGCCGGCAGCCGAGGGCAAACCAAGACCCCAACCUGGAGACCUGAUUGAGAUUUUUCGAAUUGGCUAUGAGCACUGGGCCAUCUACGUGGAGGACGAUCGUGUGGUGCACCUGGCUCCCCCAAGCGAGGAAUUGGAGGCUGGCAGCAUCACCUCCAUCUUUAGCAACCGGGCCAUGGUAAAAUACAGCCGCCUGCAGGACGUGCUGCAAGGCUGCUCCUGGAAGGUCAACAACAAGCUGGACGGGACCUACCUGCCCCUGCCUGUGGACAGGAUCAUCCAGCGCACAAAACAGAUGGUCAACAAGAUAGUGCAGUACAGUUUGAUCGAAGGGAACUGUGAGCACUUUGUCAACGACCUCCGCUACGGCGUGCCCAGGAGCCAGCAGGUGGAGCACGCCCUGAUGCACGGUGCAAAGGCUGCGGAAGCCGUGAUCUCAGCUGUCAUGGACAGCAUGAGGCCCAAACCAGUGACCGCCGGGAGGGGCUGAAAACACCCCGCGAAAGAGGAGCUCCGACAUCAGCAAGGAGACCUCCUGUUCCUCCUUUGCUCCCUUGUCUCCCUUGCUCACUGGCCCCAUGAAAGGGUCUCACUUGUUUCUUAGGCUGAACCUAGUCUGUGAUGCUUGAGGAGCAUCUGACAUAUCUUGGAAACCUCU